AUGAGGGCAGAAUCAGCUCUGCAGGCCGCCAAGCCUCCCCGCAACUCGAUCUACGCCCGACCGACCACAAAACGCGCCGGCUCGACCUACCUCUCCCACAGCAACUCUCAGAACUUCGCCUCCCCUUCCUGUGGUGUGUCCAAGUCUCGUUCAAAAGCCGUGUCUGCAUCGCUGGCAUCCCCCCGCCAUGUCAACGUGUCAAAACGAUCGCCAAAUACUUUGCUCGCCCUCGAAUUCCAGCGACGGCGACAGCUGCAAGUUAUCUCUCUUGAAAGACAGGCUCGGACGCUGCUUGAGGAGGAAUACCGUGACGAUGUGAAAUCGUAUAUGCAUCAGAUGGAGUCCCUGACAAUGGGCUCCGCCACUUCUAUCGACAUGCAACCAGAAUUGCAGUGGAGUAUGCGAGUGUGUCUCAUCGAGUUCCUCAUUGAGGUUCACAUGAGCUUUCGCCUUCGUCCCGAAACGCUCUAUCUGACGUGCAACAUCGUCGACCGAUACGUGUCCCGGCGUGUCGUUUACAAGAAGCACUAUCAACUCGUCGGAUGUGCUGCUCUUUGGAUUGCCGCCAAGUUCGAAGAUGCCAAAGAGCGCGUGCCAACUGUUCACGAUCUACGGGAAAUCUGCCGCGACACUUACGAUGAAGCCGCUUUCAUUCAAAUGGAAGGGCAUGUUCUGGCUACGAUCGCGUGGAAGGUUGGACACCCUACCGCUGAGGCUUGGCUUCGUCUCGCAUGCACUGGUGUUUGCUUUGAGGAUCUUCAAACACAACAUGUCGCGCGUUUCUUGAUGGAGAUCACUCUGUUCUACAGGGACUUUGUAUCUUUCAAGCCUUCAGUUAUUGCGGGCGCCGCUUUGCUACUUGCCCGGUACAUCCUGGGGAAACAACGCCGUCCAUUUGAAGAGACUGAGCCGGUUCUCGCUGUCAUCCAAAUUCUGGAUUCCUACUUGGCCGAGCGCUUGAAUCAGGUCUCACAGAUGAUUGUCAAGAAGUAUUCGUAUUCUUACUUUUCGAAAGCUUCUACACUCGUCUGCCAGUACUAUCUGCAAGGUGGUCGCUAU